AUGCUCCUACAACUUCCUAUGUUUAUGCCUGUUGCAACUCAGGCAUCUCUGAAAGGUAUCACUCCUGAGCAACUUGAAGAGACUGGCUGUCGGCUGUGUCUGAACAACACAUACCACUUGGGUUUGAAACCAGGACAAGAAGUUUUGGAUGCGAUAGGUGGAGCGCAUAAACUUCAAGGAUGGGACCACAACAUUUUAACAGAUAGUGGAGGGUUUCAAAUGGUCAGUUUGCUCAAGCUUGCAACUAUUACUGAAAAGGGCGUUGAAUUCCUCAGUCCCCAUGAUGGUACACCUAUGCUUCUCACUCCUGAGCACUCCAUGUCAUUACAGAACAGUAUUGGCAGCGACAUCAUGAUGCAGUUGGACGAUGUCCUUGUCACAACCUCGCCCGACGCCGCACGUAUGCGUGAGGCUAUGGAGCGCAGCGUGCGAUGGUUAGAUCGAUGCAUCGCAGCUCACAAGAAGCCCGAGUCGCAGAACCUUUUCUGUAUCAUCCAGGGCGGUUUGGACCUUGAUAUGCGCCGAGAAUGCUGUCGCGAGAUGCUGGCUCGUGAUACCCCGGGUAUUGCCAUCGGUGGACUCAGUGGUGGUGAAGCUAAAGCCGAUUAUUGCAGAGUCGUUGCAGCCUGCACGGAAAUGCUGCCUGACUUGAAGCCGCGAUACGUUAUGGGCAUCGGCUAUCCUGAGGAUUUGGUUGUGAGCGUAGCGCUGGGCGCUGACAUGUUUGACUGUGUGUGGCCUACGCGAACCGCCCGAUUUGGCAAUGCAGUUACCAAACAUGGAGUUCUCAACAUCCGCAAUAAGAAGUACGCCACUGAUUUUGGACUCCUCGAGGAGGGUUGCAACUGCAUGGCCUGCAAGCCAACCGCUCAAGGAGGGAUGGGCAUCACUCGAGCUUUUGUUCACCACAACGCCUCUAAAGAGACGGUAGCAGCACACUUGCUGACCAUUCACAACGUUUACUACCAAUUGGAUCUCAUGCGACAAAUACGAGAGGCGAUUGUGGAGGACCGUUUCCCUGUAUUUGUUCGUCAGUUCUUUGCCUGGUUAUAUGCCGACAAGACAGAAUAUCCAGAAUGGGCGUCUGGGGCAUUGAAGGUUGUCGGUAUAGAUCUACUAUCGGAAUAG